UAAAAGACAUUAGCAAUAUUUUAUAAGUACAGUUAUAUGAUACAGUAUAUCUGAGAUAACAGAAUGCUCUUUACUUUCGGUCAUGUAUAAUUAAAAAAAAAAGUAAGCAACAAGUAUAUUAAAAUACGAAGUAAGUAAUUUCCAAAAAGUAAAAGAAGAGUGGAAAAUGGAUGAGUUGCUCUUUUCUUGUCUUCCCCACACACACAAAACCAUAAUGCCCCAACCAACAAAAGCCAGACCAUUAGACGCACUCCACAAUCAUCACCUUCAUCAUGACCUCUUCUCUUCUCCUUCAUCCUCUUCUUCAAACCCUUAAAUCCACCAUUGUUAACCAUAAACCCUUUCUCAACUUCACCACACUUCCUCACGCAGUUUCUUCCUUUUCUCCCUAAAGCCAUGAACAAGAGCACUUCUCCUUUUCUUGUUCAUACCUUUCUCCUUCUUUUUCUUCUUCCUUUCUUCGCUUUCUCUUCCUUAGCUCUCAAGGUUUCACCUCAACUCUUGUCUCUCAUUUCCCUCAAGACAUCUCUCUCUGGCUCUCCCUCUGCCUUUCAAGAUUGGAAAGUCCCUGUUGCAACCGCUGAUGGUCAAAACGACGCGGUUUGGUGUUCUUGGUCCGGUGUCGUAUGCGACAAUACAACGGCUCAAGUUAUUUCCCUUGACCUCUCUCACCGGAACCUCACGGGUCGUCUUCCUCAACAGAUCCGUUACUUGUCGAGCUUACUCUACUUGAAUCUCAGUAGGAAUUCCUUGGAGGGUUCGUUUCCGACUUCUGUCUUUGACCUCACGAAGCUCACUACUCUUGACAUCAGCCACAACUCGUUCGACUCGAGUUUCCCUCCUGGAAUCUCCAAGCUCAAGUUCUUAAAGGUUCUCAAUGCGUUCAGCAACAACUUCGAAGGUCUGUUGCCUAGUGAAGUGGCUCGUCUUCGUUUCUUGGAAGAGCUUAACUUUGGCGGGAGUUACUUCGAAGGAGAGAUUCCUGCAGCUUACGGUGGUCUACAGAGAUUGAAGUUUAUCCAUUUGGCCGGAAAUGUUCUGGAAGGUGAUUUACCUCCGAGAUUGGGGCUCUUACCGGAGCUCCAACACAUCGAGAUCGGUUAUAAUCAGUUUACUGGAAACAUACCUUCAGAGUUUUCGCUACUCUCAAAUCUUCAGUACUUGGACGUUUCCAAUUGCAGCCUCUCUGGUUCUCUCCCUCAAGAACUCGGAAAUCUCACAAAGCUCGAGACUUUGUUUCUUUUCCUUAACGGUUUCACUGGUGAAAUCCCAGAGAGCUAUAGCAACUUGAGAGCUCUAAAGUCUCUGGAUUUGUCGAGUAAUCAGCUUUCUGGUAGUAUCCCAUCAGGCUUCUCGAGCUUGAAGAACCUCAAAUGGCUUAGCUUAAUCAGCAACAACCUCUCAGGUGAAAUCCCUGAAGGAAUCGGUGAGCUCCCGGAGCUAACCACAUUUCUUCUAUGGAACAAUAACUUCACCGGAGUUUUGCCUCAGAGGCUUGGAUCAAACGGGAAGCUCGAGACGAUGGAUGUCUCUAACAAUUCCUUUACCGGCACGAUCCCUCCUUCUCUCUGCCAUGGAAACAAGCUGUACAAACUCAUCCUCUUCUCCAACAUGUUCGAAGGUGAGUUGCCAAAGAGCUUAACAAGCUGCGAUUCUCUGUGGAGGUUUCGGAUUCAGAACAAUCGAUUAAACGGCACAAUCCCGCUCGGGUUUGGCUCUCUGCGUAAUCUCACUUACGUCGAUUUGAGCAACAACAGAUUCACCGACCAGAUUCCGGCGGAUUUCGCCACUGCUCCUGUUCUCCAGUACUUGAAUCUCUCUAGCAAUUCCUUCCACAGCCGGUUGCCGGAGAAUAUCUGGAAAGCGCCGAAUCUACAGAUCUUCUCGGCGAGUUCCAGCAAUUUGAUCGGCGAAAUCCCAAAUUACGUAGGAUGCAAGAGCUUCUACAAGAUUGAGCUGCAGGGAAAUUCACUGAACGGAACGAUUCCUUGGGACAUCGGACACUGCGAGAAGCUCCUCUGCUUGAAUUUCAGCCAAAACCAUUUAUCCGGAAUCAUCCCAUGGGAGAUUUCGACGCUUCCGUCGAUCGCCGACGUAGAUCUUUCUCAUAAUCUCCUGACGGGAACAAUCCCGUCGGAUUUCGGAAGCUCCAAGACCAUCACGACCUUCAACGUCUCGUACAAUCAGCUAAUCGGUCCAAUUCCGAGCGGCUCCUUCGCUCAUCUGAAUCCGUCGUUUUUCUCAUCAAACGAGGGGCUCUGCGGAGAUGUCGUCGCGAGACCUUGCAACUCCGACGCGGCCAGAGAAGCGGAUCUCGACGCUCGUCAUAACGAGCAGCGACCGAAGAAAACCGCCGGAGCUAUUGUUUGGAUAAUGGCGGCGGCGAUUGGGGUCGGAUUCUUCGUCCUCGUCGCUGCCACUCGAUGCUUCCAGAAAAACUACGGAGGCAGCAGAGUCGACGGUGGGAGAGGCGGUGGAGAGAUAGGACCCUGGAAACUAACCGCCUUUCAGAGGCUAAAUUUCACGGCGGAUGACGUUGUGGAGUGUCUCUCAAAGACGGAUAACAUCCUCGGAAUGGGAUCGACCGGAACAGUCUACAAGGCGGAGAUGCCAAACGGAGAGAUAAUCGCCGUGAAAAAGCUAUGGGGAAAAAACAAAGAGAACGGCAAGAUCCGGCGGCGGAAGAGCGGCGUACUAGCGGAGGUCGAUGUCUUAGGGAACGUACGUCACCGUAACAUCGUACGCCUCCUCGGAUGCUGCUCGAAUCGAGAGUGUACGAUGCUACUCUACGAAUACAUGCCUAACGGAAGUCUCGACGAUCUCCUUCACGGUGGCGACAAAACGACAAACGCGGCGGCGGAAUGGACGGCGUUAUACCAGAUCGCGAUCGGAGUCGCUCAGGGGAUCUGCUAUCUCCACCAUGACUGCGAUCCAGUGAUCGUGCAUCGGGACCUAAAACCUAGCAAUAUACUCCUCGACGCCGAUUUCGAGGCGCGUGUGGCGGAUUUCGGCGUCGCGAAGCUGAUUCAAACCGACGAGUCCAUGUCCGUCGUUGCUGGAUCGUACGGUUACAUUGCACCAGAUCGACCACCGAUGAGAGAUGUGUUGUUGAUUCUUCAAGAGGCAAAGCCGAAGAGGAAGACAAUAGGAGAUAGUGUCAUCGUUCUCGGCAAUGUCGGUGAUGUUAAUUUUGAAGCUGUUUGUGGUGCUGAUGGUGAUGCUGUUAAAUGUCAAAAGAUUGGGGCGUGA